CACCGGCCCGCAAGGCCAGCGAGAGGCCCAGUCAGUCCUCCAGGCUGCCUAGAGCGUCCCGGAAGUGGCUGGGGGAAGGCGGCCAGGCGCGGACCGGCGGCGCGGGGAGAGGCGGCACUUCCGGCGGUGGCGGCAGCCCGGGUUUGCAGUUCCUAAAGCGAGGCAUGUGGGACCAUGCCGUGAGCCCAGAGGGGUGUCCCCAGCACAGGCGGUGCAGCCUCGAUUAACCAGAAACCGGCUCCCAGGACCCCUCUACUCUGUGGUCCAUGUUUGAAGGGAGGGGCUGCCGUUGUCCCCCUGAGAGAAGGCCAGAGGUUCCAACAGUGUGGAUGAGUAGGGGUGUCGUGACACCGGUCGUCUCCUGCGGAGAGCACCGGGAGCCGCCAGCGUCGCUAGGAGCCCGGAAGCCGAGGCGCCGCUGACGCCGCAGGGAGGAACAGAGGAGCCGCGGAGGCUCACGGUGGCCCCUGGUCAGAGGGACGGGGCAGGCAGGGGCGGAGCAGAGGAAAGGGGCGGGAGAGGCAAGAAGUCCGCCAGGCCCCGGGCCAGUGUGUCCCCACCCACCGGGGACAGGCCAGCCUCCGCAUGGCCUCCAGGCAGGCUGCCGGCAGGAGCCCGGGGCAGAAGCGCAAGAGGGUGGUGCUGACCCUGAAGGAGAAGAUCGACAUCUGCACGCGCCUGGAGAAGGGGGAGAGCAGGAAGGUCCUGAUGCAGGAGUACAACGUGGGCAUGUCCACCCUGUACGACAUCAAGGCCCACAAGGCGCAGCUGCUUCGGUUCUUUGCCAACUCGGAUUCCAACAAGGCCCUGGAGCAGCGGCGCACCCUGCACACGCCCAAGCUGGAGCACCUGGACCGCGUCCUGUACGAGUGGUUCCUGGGGAAGCGCGCCGAGGGCGUGCCCGUGUCGGGCCCCAUGCUCAUCGAGAAGGCCAAGGACUUCUACGAGCAGAUGCGCCUGACGGAGCCCUGCGUGUUCUCUGGCGGGUGGCUGUGGCGUUUCAAGGCCAGGCACGGCAUUAAGAAGCUGGACGCGUCCGGCGAAAAGCAAGCGGCCGACCACCGGGCGGCAGAGCAGUUCUGUGGCUUUUUCCGGAGCCUGACCGCCGAGCACGGCCUGUCCCCGGAGCAGGUAUACAACGCUGACGAGACCGGCCUUCUCUGGCGGUGCCUGCCGACUGCCAGCCCGGAAGGCGGGACGGCGCCCGGCGUCAAGCAGAACAAGGACAGGCUGACCGUCCUCAUGUGCGCCAACGCCACCGGCUCGCACAAGAUCAAACCCCUGGUGAUCGGGAAGCGCGGCGGCCCCAGGGCCUUCCGGGGCAUCCAGCACCUGCCGGUGGCGUACAAGGCCCAGGGCAACGCCUGGGUGGACAAGGAGAUCUUUUCCGACUGGUUCCAUCACAUCUUUGUUCCCUCGGUGAGGGAGCACUUCCGAGCGGUGGGCCUGCCCGAGGACGGCAAGGCCAUCCUCCUGCUGGACGGCGCCCGGGCGCGCCCGCGGGAGUCCCAGCUGGUUUCCGACAACGUCCUCACCGUCUUCCUGCCCGCGGGCGCCACCUCCUCCAUCCAGCCCAUGGACCAGGGCAUUCGGAGAGAUUUCCUGAGGAAUUUCAUCAACCCCCCCGCCACGCUGCAGGGCCGUCACCCCCGUUACAGCAUGAACGAUGCCAUCGUCAGCGUGGCCUGCGCCUGGAGCGCGGUGCCCCGCCACGUCUUCAGCCGGGCCUGGAGGAAGCUGUGGCCCGCGGUCACGUUCGCCGAAGGCUCGUCUUCUGAGGAGGAGCCGGAGCGUCUCCAAACGAAGCCUCACGACCAAACUUUCGCGCACAUCCCGGAGCUCGGGAGAGAGGCCCCGGCCCGCCCCGGCAGCCGGCUUCACCGGGGCGCGGCCGCCGAGGGAGACGGGCUGGGAUGCGAGGCCGGGGAGGGCCUGGCCCCGUCCGCGGGGGGCCCAGAGCAGGUGGAGAAGGAUGGCGACGAGGCGGCCUGGGAGCAGGCGGCCUCGGCCUUUGACUCUGUCGUCCGCUUCGCCGAGGGACAGCCCUGCUUCACGGCGCAGGAGGUGGGGCAGCUGCGCGCGCUGCGCUCGGUGUUCGCGAGGCAGCGGCAGGCGAAGGGGCGGCGCGUGGCCCUCAGGGCCGCGGUCAAGCUCGAGGCCCCCCAGGAGCUCUCCCCUCUGCCCUGCUCGUCCGCGGCGGCCGAGGACUGAUGGCUGGGGGCGCUGUAGAGCCGGGCAGAGCUCGCCCAGGAGGCUGGGCGCCCGGUGUGGGGUCUCGGCGACUUGGGGCGGCCCAUGCCGCGUGUUCUGGUUCGUCGCGGGCCUGUCGUGUUUUCUGGCGCGUGAACGUGAGGAGCCCUUUCUGGAAGGGUCCGCCAGACCGAAAGUCUAGCGGAACAUCCUGUGACCGGAGCCCAGGACCGUGCCGGGCGGACUCUGGCCUCGUGCGCGCUGGCUGAGCCCUGCUGUGUGUGCGGGUGGAGACGUCUGUCCGUCCGGGAGGAGAAAAGCCGGUCCUUGGGCCAAGCAAUGGCAGUACCUGCGGCCACUGGACCGGGUCAGCGUCACCCACGGCCUGCCCCUCCGUCCCCUCGGGCCCGGGUCUGCCGUGUGGCCGCCAUCCCUGCGUCAGGUGGGCGCGACGGCUGGGACUCCGCUUCUGACCGUGAGUCGGCAGAGCCCUCGCCUGCGGCUUCGAAGGCACACGUCGUCACCCUGUUCGCGUGUCCCUACUUCAGUCGCGGGCUCACUCAGCCGCCCCGGCCUCCCGCGCGUUCCUCCUGGGACCCCAGGGCGUGGGGGCCGCACGCUGCGCUGGCGUGACAGAGUCACUUCCCACAGCGCAGGCAGGACCGUCGCCCCGGGCUGCCCGCUGCCCCGAGGGGCCCGUGGUGCACUGCCGGCAGGCCUGGUGUCCGGGCUCCAAGUUCACCAUUCGCUCCCGGGGAUUCUGCGCUUCCCGCCUUCACGCUGACGAAUCUUGAGGAGGCGCUCGGAAAUGAGGCUGAGGUUUGCGCACACGCGACCCGGCGCUGGAACGAGCUGCUUAGGUUUCUAGCGAUGCUUGAACUCCUGCGGUCGGCCCUUCCCACCUCUGUGCCGCGUGCGGGCAGGAGCCGGCGGCACCACCUGGCCGUGGGAAGACGCGGUCCCUCCCGUGUCUCCCGGAUGCUUCCGGCCUCGCCGGCACCGCUGCGGCCCCUUGCCGGCCGUGCUCCCCUCCCCACGUGUCCUCUCACCUCCGUGCCCCUGGAUUCACGGCCUGGUGGCCGAGCUGGCGUGACGUUUUCCUUCCUCCGUUUGCCGUGUGUCCCUCCGGGAGCCGCGGGAACG